AUGCGGAAAGCUAAGAGAGGCGGUGAUCAUCUCACUAGAAGCUUUCCUAAGAGUAGAAAAGCUUCCAAGAAUGAAUCAUUGGUCUCAGGUCGCUUCCUUGGGGACUGUGAUCAAAGUGUUCGGUCCAGGCUUAGUGAUGGGCUAAUAUCAUAUUUGUCUAGAAGUGUCGCCUCUAUUACUUUGUGCAAUGGUGAUUAUAUGUGCUUACUAUUCUCGACAGUCUUAUUUUCAUGCUCAGGCAUAGCUAUGGAACGCCAGGGGCGCUACCAUACAAGGUUUCUGACUUCUGCAAGUUUGGUUAGAGCUCUCAAUGGUACGAAUAAAGACCAUGAUGACUUGAAGAUUGAAGUGCGCCAUGAAGGCAAUGAAGUUUAUAUGGGGGGGAUGGCUGAAUUUGAUUUAGAUCGCAACUUUGCUGUUGUCGAUGUGCAUGCGUUCCUUGAAAAUGUUCAGGUUGGAUCUUUCCAACCUGCACUAGAAAUUCUGCCCCAUGGUGAGCUAUUAGUAGUUAUAGGGCGUGGUGUCUCUGGUGAAAUAAUGGCCAAGAAUGUGGAAUUGGAUGGUGAUUCAAGGGUAUCUGAGGACGAUGAAGAUCCUGAUUGUAAAAUCUCAGAGACUUGGGAAGGUGGGCCACUUCUUUCUGUUGAUGGGAAGGUUGUUGGCAUGAACCUUUUUCUGACUACUAGAAGAGCCGUUUUCCUACCAUGGGGCACAAUUCUCAAGCAUCUGGAGCAUUACUGGAUAUCUCAGCAAAAGAAGACUGGUCUUGCACGAUCAAAAACUUCGAAGGUUUACAGGUUUGCAGGAAGACCCACAUGUGUGAAAUCUAACAGCCAUCCAGAAGUACAUGGAGAUUUACUCAACCAGGAGCAGUUAGAUCUAGACUCCAUGGGUUACCCUAAGUUACCAUCCUCCAUGUUAGGAGCUGGCAUGAUUUUAGUUGAUACUUUUGAAGAGACUUUUGGCGACAUACAUGGUGAAGGUGUCUGGAGAAAAUUUAGUAAAAGUGCUUCUAACAUAAAUCGCAAUGUUGUCGCACUGGCUUCAUUUAAUGGAGAAAAGAGGUAUUUUGCAUGCACGGGUUUUUUUAUUGAAUGGAAUGGAUCUACGAUAAGUUUGACAUCAGCAAGCUUGGUUAGAAAUUCUGGUGAUGAGAACAAGAUUGUUGAGAACUUGAGGAUUGAACUGUUGCUUAACAGCCAAUGCAGAGAAGGGACGUUACAGCAUUAUAGUCUACAUUACAACGUUGCUCUAGUCAGUGUCAAGGAUUAUCGUGCUCUUCGUCCAUCUAAUACUCUACUUCAUUGGAAAAAGGAUUUUGAAGUAGCAGCUGUAGGGCGUUGCUUCAAAUCAGGUGCGCUAAUGGCUACUACUGGGGAGCUUGUUUCCUGGACAGGCACACUCGAUUGUGAUUUUCUCACAACUUCAACGUGUAAAAUCACUAAGGCUGGGAUCGGAGGCCCUCUUGUUACUCUUGAUGGGGAUGUUAUUGGCAUGAAUUUCUAUGAUAAGAGAAUAGGAACCCCUUUCCUGUUAUUGGUGGACAUUUACAAAAUUCUAGUAUCGUUUGAGACAAAAAGUGAACUUGGUGAAGUUGGCAAUGAUAGGCACCCCUCUGGAGCGCCUUUUUGGAAAAUGGAUGAAGAUGACAAAACUAAGUUAAACAUGUGGCCUGUGCCCAUGCCUCGCUGGCGCAAUCCUGACUAUGUGGAUGAAGAUAAAUCUGAUGAUGAUGAUGAGGUCUUUGAUCCCGAAUCUGGCCGCGUGCCGCCGAAAUACGGUUACUUCAAGGGAAAGAAACUCAUGCUCUUUUAG